GCUUAAACCAGCUGAAGAGAGAAAGGUGGAAAGAAAAAUGAGAAACAAUUCGCAUUUUUCUCAAUCUCUUUUAAAUAUACUUUUUUUUAUUUGUGUGGCGUUUUUGUUUUCAACUGAGGCUCAAUUUGACGGCAAGGAAUGUCCUCCGAAAGAGGACAUAUUUCCGUGUACAUGCGAGCUCAGCGAGGAAAAUAGAAGCCACAUUGUCUGUAGGAACUUACUGAGGUCCGAUAUCCUAGCAUACGUCGUGAAAGCUUCACGUGGCGUCGACAUUUACGCAUUGUCCAUUCGGGAUUCAACUCUACAAUAUUUACCCAGUGAAGAGUUUGAAGGUACAUCGUUUGAAUACAUAGAACUGUUAAACACAGGUCUUCUCGCUAUUUCUCCAACUGAAUAUGCCUUACAAGGCCUCGAAAAAAGAACAUAUAUGAUCGAUAUCAUAAAUUGCAGAUUUAUGAAUGGAUGGUCUUGGAAGGCAUUUGAGAAAUUUAGUUCUUUGAUGGUCUUACAGUUCCUUGAUGGUGAUCUCAGAUCGAUUUCUUCCGAUUUUUCCGCUUUAAGCAACAAUCGACUUCUGCACGGGAUUAACUUUGGCAACAACGAGAUUCAGAGCCUGAAAGAAGAUACAUUUGCAAUGUUUAAGGACUUGAGUUCUCUAUACCUUCAGGACAACCAAAUUAGACGUGUUUCCAGAAGUAUGCUUCCAAAUCCAGCCGAAAGAUUAUUUUUUAUUAACUUGAGUAACAACGAACUUGACUCUCUUCCUGACGACUUUUUUACGAAUAUGCCUAAAUUAAAACAAAUAUUUAUAAGUGGCAAUCAUCUGAUGACAAUUUCACAAGAUGUUUUUGGUCCAGUUUGGAAACAUGACCUAUGGCUAGAAAUUCAACACAACAACAUCAUCUGUGACUGCCGCUUAAAGUGGAUAGUAUCUCAGCCGAAGCCAAGCUAUUUUAUAGGAGAAUGUAGUGGGCCAUCUCACCUUGUGGGAAGGAAAUUAACAACGCUUAAAGAGCUUGAGCUCACUUGUUAAGUGGAAAAUUUAAAAUUCUACAGCAAAUAUUUAAUAAAGUCUGGAUAAACAAUGAUGUAAUUUAUUUUUAGAUCGAAUGUAAUAAUCAAAUAUCAAAUACAAUUGUAAUUAAUUAUGUGUUUUUGUGAUUAAUAAAGCAAAUUCGUGAAAUA